AUGUCAGACCGUUACGAACGCGAAGCCGAAGACCGAUACGAAGCAGAAAACGAUAUCUCACCUGUCUCCGGUAACGCAGACAGCAAGCCGUAUGAUGAUCCCAUGCAGCCGCCACAAUCGAACUCUGACCAGCAGCUCGAGAGCGACGAGCGUGAAGCUGUUGACAAGUCUAAUAUUCUAAGUGGAAGCCGACUUCGCUAUUCAAAGCCUCAGUCCGCAAAUCGAUACAAUGAGGGUCUAGAUGAGAACGACCUCCCAUCUCAGACCUACUACAAAGGACAGUCUUCGACUCGUUGA